AUCGUGACCCUCUAUAUAUUUGCACUGCAUUUCACAUCCCAAUCUAUCCUCUCCCGUGCCGCCGCCGCGACGCGCCGCCGGCCACUCCACCGUUCAGUCUCCAAUGGCGUCGACUCAUGCAAUCAGCAAGAAGCGGAAGUUCGUGGCGGAUGGCGUGUUCUUCGCGGAGCUGAAUGAGAUGCUCACCCGCGAGCUCGCGGAGGAUGGCUACUCCGGCGUCGAGGUCCGCGUCACCCCCAUGCGCACCGAGAUCAUCAUCCGUGCCACUCGCACCCAGAACGUCCUCGGCGAGAAGGGCCGGAGAAUCAGGGAGCUGACUUCUGUGGUUCAGAAGCGCUUUAACUUCCCGGAGGGUGGCGUUGAACUCUACGCAGAGAAGGUGAACAACCGUGGGCUCUGCGCCAUCGCCCAGGCCGAGUCGCUUCGCUACAAGCUUCUGGGUGGACUAGCCGUGAGAAGGGCAUGUUAUGGUGUUCUCAGGUUUGUCAUGGAGAGUGGCGCUAAGGGCUGUGAGGUUAUUGUAAGUGGCAAGCUCAGAGCCCAGCGUGCUAAGUCUAUGAAGUUCAAGGAUGGGUACAUGAUUUCUUCUGGUCAUCCUGUGAACCUAUAUAUUGAUUCAGCUGUGAGACAUGUUCUCUUGAGACAGGGUGUGCUUGGUAUCAAGGUUAAGAUUAUGCUUGACUGGGAUCCAAAGGGCAAGCAAGGGCCAACCAUGCCUUUACCUGAUCUGGUUACAAUCCACGAGCCUAAGGAAGAGGAUGAGUUUUUGAGGCCUCUUGCAGCCGAAAUCCCAGUUGCCUGAAGUAAAAAAGUUGGAAGUGGGGCCUAUGGUUGUGGUCUGCCUUUUUUGUGUUCGUGUAAUGUUUAUUAUUAACAUGUUGAAAGUAAAGAGAGCUUUACUUUCUAUAGUUGCAAACAAUGACAAUCAAUAUAUUCUUUCUGCUUCUCGCUUUAUUA